CUGCAAUUCCUACGAAUCUUUUCUUUGAAAUCGUUUCUCUGGAACUGGCCGUCUCUUUCCUUAGGUUUUCGAAUCCCAUGCCCACGCUUUUUUUUCUCUUUCGCAUUUAUAUUCUUAUAUUCACCCCGUCUCGUUUUGUUUCCACGGAAAAGGAAUCCCGGGAACAAUUCCAUUUUCCGGGAAAUUUUUAUCUCCGCUGCAACUUUAUAUUCUUAGGCCAAAUUUGAGUGGAAUCCGAAGCUUCCACUCCUUUAAUCCGGAAAAUUUUGUGGAAAUGUGAGUUUCUCAUCUCAAUUUCUAGAAAAUUUGGAUUACCCAAUUUUCAGAUUUGGAAUUGGUUUCGUAUAAAUCGUGAAGCUUUUCUCAGAUUCGUUGAUUUUUGAGAUUCAUAUCGUUGUCAGACUAUGCGUUUGAAGUUCGAUUUGAUUGUUGUGGGGAAUUAAGGUUUCAGUUGAAGGAAUUCGAGAGUUAGGGUUUUGAUUCGACAAGAUUAAAAGUCAUGUUCUAUGGUGCUGGGGUGUGGGAUCCUUGGCUCAUUGUUGCCCAAAUUGUUUGUCUUCAAUGCUUAUACUAUCUCACUCUUGGGGUGUUCAUGGCGAUUCUUGUCGGGACUCGCGUUUCUCGGAUUAGUCUCGUAUACUUCUUCGAUUUCUCGACGCUUACCGGCGCAACGGUCACCGGUUGGUGCGUCAUUGCUUCGUUUGGUCUCAGUGCGCUUGCAGGAGCUGUCUUUUUGCUUUAUCUGAUUGAGAGGGCAAAGAAAUGCUUAGAUUUCUCUGCCACACUGUAUGUUAUCCAUCUCUUUAUAUGCAUCAUAUAUGGAGGUUGGCCUUCCUCAAUAACAUGGUGGGUUGUGAAUGGUACUUGUCUCGCAAUGAUGGCUUUGCUCGGUGAAUAUUUGUGCAUAAGACGUGAACUGCUAGAAAUUCCUAUAACACGAUACCGUUCAAAUGUUUGACUGACCAGAGAAACUCAACAGGCAAGAACAAAAUUUAUUGGGAACAUACUAUGUUGGCUUCACUAUUUUGGGGGAGUUCCUGGAUAAAGCUCAUGAGAUACCAAAUUUGAUGUGGGAUAACCUAUGAGCAAUGAUCACCAGAAGUCUCUUAUCGAUUUAAUUUUCUAUGCUGGCGGAAUGACUGAAAACAGCUGCCACAACAAUUCAAAAAAAUGCUUUUAAAAGAUGAAAAAGUGGAACACAUGAAGGGAGGUACUUCUGAAUCGUGUUAGUGAAACCUGCAUGUAAAAUUCUAGGUAGUUUUGAAAGAGUCAAUUCUUAUAGUGCUUUUUGAUUUGAGAAUUUAUCAUUGAAUGAGAACAUUUGGAAUGAGUUUUAGAUCAGCGCACAUAUGACCCGUGGCGAUUUUUGUAUCGUGUGGGUGUAAGUUAUCAUAGGGUUGCUAGAUGUGCCAUGAAUUGCCUGGUUUCCAUUAAAUCUAGUUAGAGCAGUUGAAAAAUGGUAUAUGACAACUGUAGUUCAAGUUUCUAAGCUUGCCGUAUUCCAAAAAACAUAGUAAAUGUAUGAUUGGUGGUAUGAUGAUGACUUGGUGCUAAUUGUGGGAAACGUGCUGGACAUUCACUAUU